UAGACGCGCAACAACAUUUUCAGCGAAGAUGGCGUUACUGCAGUUUAUAGGCGAGCCAAACAAGUCGCUGUUGACAUAUCUCAAAACUAUUAUUCAUAAGUGACAGAACGUUUCAAGAAGGUUUCCAAGCAACGUCAGGACCGUAAUUAAUAUUCAAAGCUAAAUCGUGGAGUUGCAUGCGGACUUUAAUCAGUGACAACUUUCUGCUUGUGCGCGAGAAAGCUGUUCAUUAUAAUACACAAGCAGAACGGUUUCUCUUCUUCAGAUACAACAACAGCAUAAUAAUAAACUCUAAUAACGACGAUAUACUUCUACAUUGAGUUGUGACACUGCUUGUCAAGUUUUCUGACAGAGUAAAUAAGGACUUCUAUGCUUCUGCAAGACUGUUUGAACAUCUGCAGCAACCAGACGGAUCACAACCAGCAGCAUGUUCGCGAUCAGAAGCUUCAGUCUUCUGUGCAGAAGAUCAGCUGUUUCCACAUGGAGAAAUAAAAGUCAAAGUGCUGGGAAGAGGCUGGAUGUAAGUGGGAUUUAUCCUCCCAUUGCCACUCCAUUCACUCAGAGUGAAGCUGUGGAUUACCAAAGACUGGAUGACAAUCUUAAGAAGUACGCCGACUUACCUUUCAGAGGUCUUGUAGUGCAGGGCUCUAAUGGGGAAUAUCCAUACCUGACACCGGAGGAGAGGGUUGAGGUGGUGAAGAGAGUCAAACAGGCGCUGCCGCAAGACAAGUUACUCAUGGCUGGAUCUGGCUGUGAAUCCACCAGAGCCACGAUCCAAAUGAGCCAGCAAAUGGAAGACGCCGGUGCUGACUGUUUGUUAGUGGUAACACCUUGUUUUUACCGCGGUCGAAUGGAUAGCCGAGCUCUUAUAAACCACUACACUAAGGUGGCAGAUUCCAGUUCAGUGCCAGUUGUGUUGUACAGCGUGCCAGCAAACACGGGUCUCGACCUGCCUGUGGAUGCAAUAAUUCAACUUUCUCAGCAUCCAAAUAUUGUCGGCCUCAAAGACAGUGGUGGAGAUAUCACCAGAAUAGCUCUGAUUGUGCAGAAAACCAGAUUGCAGGAUUUCCAGGUUCUUGCAGGAUCUGCUGGUUUCCUCAUGGCUGCAUACGCUGUUGGGGCCGUGGGAGGCGUGUGCGCCCUCGCAAAUGUCCUGGGUCAGCAGGUGUGUGAUCUAGCACAGCUGUGUGUUUCAGGACGCUGGGACGAGGCCAGGGAGCUCCAAUAUCGCCUCAUCGAACCCAACACAGCAGUAACUCGGCAGUAUGGCGUUCCCGCUUUGAAACAAGCAAUGGAGUGGUUUGGAUAUCAUGGUGGUGUGUGCCGGUCCCCACUGCAGCCGUUAUCAAAGGCAGAUUUAGAGCAGCUUCAAGUCAAAUUCUCCUCCAAUGGUUGGCUGUAGAAGCAGGAAGGCCGACGGAAUCAAAGUGUUAUAGUACUAAAGUGUUCUAAAACAGAAUGUUUAAUUAUUGUUUUUGUGUUAUCGUUAAUUCAAGCUGACUUUAUAAAGAGAUUUUCAUCAUAACGUUGCAUUAAAAUAUAAUUUGCAAGCUA